AUGUUCCGAAAUAACUACGAUAAUGAUUCAGUUACAUUCUCCCCGCAAGGAAGGAUUUUCCAAGUUGAAUAUGCGCAGGAGGCUGUCAAGCAAGGCUCGGUAGUAGUAGGAAUUGUCAGCAAAACACACGCAGUACUCGCUGCACUUAAGGCACGUCCCUUCAUCUCUUCUAUCAGAAAUGCAGAAGAACUUUCCUCUUACCAGAAGAAGGUCAUCGCUAUUGACUCUCACAUGGGAAUUGCCAUCGCCGGCCUCGCCUCUGAUGCGCGCGUGCUUUCCAAUUUUAUGAAACAACAAUCACUUUCCUCAAAAAUGACAUAUGGCCGUUCCAUCCCUAUAGAACGCAUCGUCAAUAGAAUUGGUGAUCGCGCGCAAACGAACACGCAACACUACGGCAAGAGACCCUACGGUGUGGGGUUGCUUAUAGCUGGUGUUGAUGAGGCAGGGCCCCAUCUGUUUGAGUUCCAGCCCUCUGGCAUGACCCACGAGAUGAUCGCAUGUGCCAUUGGUGCUAGGAGCCAGAUGGCUCGGACAUAUUUAGAAAAGCAUUUGGAUGAAUUUGAGGACUGUGGGCGGGAUGAGUUAAUCAGUCAUGCUCUAAGGGCACUAAAGGAAAGUCUAUCGCAGGAUAAAGAGCUAACUAUUGACAAUACUACGAUUGGUGUGACGGGUAUCGGUACCGAGGCUUCCAAAGGAAAGAUGGAUAUAUUUAAGGUGUAUGAUGGGCAAGAAGUCACGGCCUUCCUUGAAGUUAGCGUGGGCGAAACCGUUUCUGCUACCGCCGAACACCAGGGCGAAUCGAUGGAGGUAGAUUCCUAG